CAAAACAUUGUUCAUCUGCUUCCAGACUGCUUAGUGGCCUUGCCUCCACUCCCAUUGCUCUUGCCUUAACUGGCUUUUUGGGCUGUAGAGAGGACAUUCACAUAGACUUCGAGAGGUUGGAGGCAGGAAAUGGACUCAGUGGUGUUUGAGGAUGUGGCCGUGGACUUUACCGAGGAAGAGUGGGCUUUGCUGAAUUUUGCUCAGAGGAAACUCUACAGAGAUGUGAUGAUGGAAACCUUCAGAAACCUGGCCUCGGUUGUUUCUCAAAAGGUUGAUAAAGAACAAAUGGUGUCCACUGAACAUUUAAUAAUGCGAUUCAUGAAGAAUAACUUCCAGUAUACCAUUUUAGGAGAAACUUGUGAAUUCCAUGGCUUUGAAGAGCAGUGUAACAACCAAGGGAGGCAUAUAAGAUGGCAUACAGAUGAGAGUCUCCAUGAAAGUAAAGAAUGGAAAGAAAAGGAAAAGAAAGAAGGUAAUCAGUGUGUAAAACUUUUCAGCAAGAUUGCAUGUCUUACCGGGCUCAAAAGAACUCUUGCUAGAGAAAAUCCUUCUAAAUGCUGUGAAUGUGGAAAAGCUUUCCAGUAUCAUUCUUCAUUUAAAUGUCACAUCAGAUCUCGCACUGGAUGCAAUACCUAUCAGUGUAAGGAAUGUGGAGUGGCCUGUAGUUCCUCUUGCCUAAGCACUCAUGUAAAAACUCUCACUGUAAAGAAUAUUUAUAAAUGUAAGGAAUGCGGUAUCGCUUGUAGUUGUUCCUCAUCCUUCAAUACCCGUGAAAGAACUUACAGUAGAGAGAGGCUUAAUGAACGUGAGGAGUUCGAGAAAGCUUUUGGUCAGUUCUCAGCCCUCAUUGAACAUAAAAAAAUUCAAAGUGGAAGGCAAUAUUAUCAUAAGGAUUAUGUGAAUACCUUUAGUUUUUCCUCAUCCCUCAGUAAGCAUAUUAGUAUUCAUAAUGGAGUGAGUCCUUCUGAAAAUAAGGAAUGUGAGAUAGCAUUUAGUAACUCCUCAGAGCUGACUAACCAUUUAAGAACUCACAGUGGAGUGCAGCCUUAUGAAUGUAAGGAAUGUGGGAAAGUCUUUAGUUGUGCUUCAUACCUCACUGCACAUGUAAGAAUUCACAGUGGUGAGAGGCCUUAUAAAUGUAAGGAAUGUGGGAAAGCCUUACGUUAUUCCUCAUCUUUCAGUAAACAUAAAAGAACUCACAGGCAAGAGAGGCCUUAUGAAUGUAAGGAAUGUGGGAAAACCUAUAUUUGUGCUUCACACCUCACUACACAUUUUUUAAGAACUCACAGUGGAGAGAGGCCUUACAAAUGUAAAGAAUGUGGGAAAGCCUUUAGUUGUUCCUCAUCCCUCAUUACACAUACAAGAACUCACAGUGGAGAGAGGCCUUAUGAAUGUAAGCAUUGUGGAAAAGCCUUUAGCCAGUUCUCAAACCUAUUGAAUCAUAUAAGAACUCACAGUGGAGAAUGGCUUUAUGAAUGUAAGGAGUGUGGGAAAACCUUUAAUGAGUCCUCAAACCUGAUCAACCAUAUAAAAACUCACAGUGGAGAGUGGCCUUAUGAAUGUAAGGAAUGUGGAAAAGCAUUUACCCGGUCCUCAGACCUCACUACACAUACAAGAAUUCACAGUGGAGAGAGGCCUUAUGAAUGUAAGGAAUGUGGGAAAGCAUUUAUCCAGUCCUCAACCCUCAGUAGGCAUAUAAAAACUCACAGUGGAGAAAGGCCUUAUGAAUGUAAGGAGUGUGGGAAAGCAUUUACCCGGUCUUCAGCUCUCACUACACAUAUAAGAAUUCACAGUGGAGAGAGACCUUAUGAAUGUAAGGAAUGUGGGAAAGCAUUUAGCCAGUCCUCAUCUCUCACUACACAUACAAGAACUCACAGUGGAGAGAGGCCUUAUGAAUGUAAAGAAUGUAGGAAAACCUUUAGUCAGUCCUCACACCUGAUUAACCAUAUAAGAACACACAGUGGAGAGUGGUCUUACAAUUGUAAGGAAUGUGGGAAAUCUUUUUGUAAUUCCUCAAGCUUCUGUAGACAUGUAAGAAGCCAUAGUGGAGAGAGGCCUUAUAAAUGUACGGAAUGCGGAAAAGUCUUUACACAGUCCUCAUCUCUCACUCAACAUAAAAGAACUCACAGUGGAGAGCGACCUUAUGAAUGCCUUAUGAAUGUAAGAAAUGAGGGAACAUCUUCGGUUCUGUCUCAGCCAGUUGAAAACAUGAAAAAAUACACUGAGGAGAAAUAUAUAUUGCACAUAUGACAGGUCCUACGCGUGUCAAAGACAAGGGAAGCUUUCAGUGUGUGUACCUUCUUUGAACCUGUGUAAUACCUCACACACUGGAGAGACUCUGGGACUAGAAGCAAAGAAUGUCUUCGUUUGUAGCACAUGACUUUGGAUAGGUAUCACAAUGUUAAUUUGGUUCUGUUAUAUAAAAAUUGCCUGUAAUACAAAAUCUUAUCAACCUGUGUUGUCUUAAUCUUUGUGGUUUCUUUUUACUUUACUAUGUUUUUUAAUAUUUUUAUUUAUAUUUUUUCACAUUAUACAGCAGUAUGUUCUUGAUGUAGAGAAAUUGGAUUUUAACAGCAAUUUGGGAGGAAAAGCAAAAAUCACUCAGAAUUCUACCAGUCUCUUUAUUUUGUGUGUUUUCUUUUAGCUUGGUUUGUAUACAAAGCAGUCAUUUCCUAAAGAAUCUGGAUUAUGCAUCGUGUGUAGUGUUGUACUGAACUUUUUUCUAUUGCUUUUUAAAAUCUUCCACAACCGCUUUGAUCCUUAAUUUAUGAAUGGGAAAACAGUACGGAAAAUUUUAACUCACAUCCCACCAUGUCUUAAAAAUGUCCCUCUCAAAUGGUGCUGUGAGAAGCAGGAUUUUCAUCAAAGGAGGGCUCACAUUGAGGAUAUAUGGAAAUGGUGGACUUGCACAGACCUGCAACCUAAUCUAAAUGCAAUGCAGCUUUUGGCAAGUUCAGUCCUUUUGGUAAUUUUGUCAUUCAAGGAGAGUGUACUAGGCCAGGAGUUGAGGCUGCAGUUGCUGGACUGGUGGCUGCUUAUGUACUUGGGGUGCACACCUGCUACAGGGCCUGGAGGUUUAUACAGAGCUCCUCUGCCCCAUGGUGAACUGGGAUCUUCUUGACUUCUCAUGUAAGUGGCUUGGGAAAUGAUGGCUAUAGGUAGCAAAAGCCUUCAAAUUAGGCCUCCCAUAGGCCCAAUUGCCCUUUCAGAAUCAUUCUUUGGAAUUCCUUGCGCACCGUAUUGGUGUACCUUGAUGGUGGUGCUACAUUAUGGAAAUAGUGAAAGCGGAGAAGUGGUUUCAGUGCCCAACAGGAAGGGAGUUUUUAGAUAGUUGCCUAGCUACAUGUCACAGUGUUGUACUAUACUAAAUGUAUUUCUUCAGAAGAAUUUAGUUCACAAGAGGUAAAGCAAUCAUAGUUUUACAUGUGGUGUGCAGGAUAUAAAAGCAUAUACAUAAUGGUGGCCGUUCUAUAAAAAAUUUAUAUAUACAGACAAAUCGGCUUGUAAAAUUUGUCGUAAUGGUGAUACUAAGUAAUUUCUUUAGUCACAGAACCAGUAUCACAAUGAAAAUAUAAAACACCUCCUUCUCCAAAAAAUUCCCUAGUGCUGCCACUUUUUAGUCUUGAAUCUCUGACACUUGUCCAUAUACAUGUUAUGCUAUAUGUAUUUUUUCAAUUAUGGUUCCUGUUAUUUAGUGUAAAUGAAUUUCAGAUUUAGAUGCAUGUUGAUGAAUUUAAUGACAGUUUAUUCCUUUUUACUGCUGUAUAGUAUGUUGUAUAGACCUACCACAGUUUGUACAUUCAUCAGGUUAAGAGUAUUUGGGUUUCCACUUUUUUGUUGACUUUUUAAAUAAAACUGCUAUAAAACGUUCAUGCAGUGGGUUUAUGUGAACACAAAGUUUCAUUUUUCUCAUCUCUGUAUGAGUCGGAUUGUUGUGUCAUAGUAGGCAUAUGAUUACCUUUAUUAGAAACUUUCAAUCUGUUUUUGAAAGGGGCUGUGUGAUUUCAUGUUCCACCACUAGUGUAUAAUUAAUUCCAGUUGCUGCUAGGAUCUGGAGAGGCUAUUUCCAGAGCAAUAAAACACUUCUGAUUGCCUGUUUUCAGAGGAGGGUUUUGGGUUGGCAGCUCACCUGAUAGGCAUUCCACAUUUGUGAGGAUAGUAUGUGCAAUGUAUCACCUGGAUUAGUCCCUUCUUCCUGCAGUGUCCUUCAUUGUCCUCCAUAACUGGCAGAAGAGUAAUGUAAAGCCGAACUCCAU